CUGAUUGCAGAAGGGUUGCACCAAAAAGGACAUCAGAAUAUCUACUUUCAUCUUUUCCAGUUUCUGCAUUAUUGAAUCUCCCCAGCUAUCUCUGCUGGUAGAAGCAGGAGCAUGGCAGAGGGACUAUGCCACAGGUGUUUAAGUUGCACAGGCAGCUGAGAGAGAACAGAGAGGGACACAUUCAUUUUGCUGGGAAGCAGCUCUAGAGGCACUCGAGUGCAAGCACUGGAAGCACUGCAGACGUGCUCUCUCGAGUUAGGUACAAUCUGAGGGGAUGUGGAAAGCAUCUCCCAGGCAGCACGCUCCCCCUUCUUGCAGUACGCACACAGCUGUGUGUGUGAAUCACUAGCUUUUGCUUCUGACCAAGAAAAGACUCAGAGUGCCUGGGAAUGUGAGUCCCAAGUAAAGUAACCAGCCCCUUUGUGGUUGGAUUUAAUGACCGAGCGCUGAGCUAAUUUGGCUCCUAGGGACUGUAGAAGCACACAAGCCAAUGCACUUCUCUCUCCUGGUGGGAAGCUGGUUUGAUGCCUUAUUACUGUAAUUGCCAAAUACAUCAGUCAUUGCAGGCUGUCUCCAAGACUUCAUCUUCUCUUCAUCCACUGCUCAGGAAGGAUAGCCAGCCUAUUUUGACAAUGCUCACAGAAAAGUGCUUGGGAUUUGUUUAUUCUGGACUAUGUCUCUGGGCAUCCUUGUUCCUGUCUUUCUUUAAAGGCUCUCAGCAGGGCGAAAGCCAGAGGCGCUUGUACAGAGAACUGCUGAGAAACUACAAUCGUCUUGAAAGACCAGUGGUGAAUGACUCCCAACCCCUUGUAGUCGAGCUCCAGCUUUCUUUGCUGCAGAUAAUUGACGUGGAUGAGAAGAAUCAGGUGUUGAUUACAAAUGCUUGGCUGCAGAUGUACUGGGUUGAUGUUUACUUGUCUUGGGAUCAGUAUGAAUACCCGGGGGUGCAGAACUUGCGAUUUCCAGCCGACCAGAUUUGGGUACCAGACAUUCUUCUGUAUAACAGUGCAGAUGAAAGAUUUGAUGCGACAUUUCACACAAAUGUGUUGGUGAAUUACUCUGGAUCCUGCCAAUAUAUACCUCCAGGUAUUUUGAAGAGCACAUGUUACAUUGACGUCCGCUGGUUCCCCUUUGAUGUGCAGAAAUGUGAUCUGAAGUUUGGCUCCUGGACUCACAGUGGCUGGUUGAUUGACCUGCAGAUGCUCGAGGCAGAUAUUUCCAACUACAUCUCAAAUGGAGAAUGGGAUUUAGUGGGUGUCCCAGGCAAGAGGAAUGAGAUGUACUAUGAAUGCUGUAAAGAACCAUACCCAGACGUGACGUAUACCAUCACCAUGCGUCGACGAACGCUCUACUAUGGCUUGAACCUACUCAUUCCUUGCGUUCUCAUAUCUGGCUUGGCACUGCUUGUGUUCCUUUUGCCAGCUGAUUCAGGGGAGAAAAUUUCUUUAGGUAUCACUGUCCUGCUUUCCCUGACUGUAUUCAUGCUGCUUGUGGCUGAGAUCAUGCCUGCAACUUCUGACUCAGUCCCACUAAUAGACAAAUUUUGUAUUGUGAAAUGCUGCAAAAGAAUAAUCCUUGCACAUGGAUGCUUCAUAACACCCUGGAGAUUGACUUCGGCUCAGUAUUUUGCUAGCAUCAUGGUCAUUGUUGGGCUGUCUGUGGUGGUAACAGUACUGGUUCUGCAGUUUCACCAUCAUGACCCACAAGCGGGAAAGAUGCCCAAAUGGGUCCGUGUCAUCCUGCUGAAUUGGUGUGCUUGGUUUUUACGAAUGAAAAAACCUGGGGAAAGUAUAAAGCCCCUCUCUUGCAAAUAUAGCUAUCCCAAGCACCAUCUGAGCGUAAGCAGCAUGGAGAUGAAUGUUCUGCCUGGCCACCAGUCCAGCAAUGGCAACACGAUCUAUAGCUACCAUACGAUGGAUAAUCCAUGCUGCCUCCAAAACAAUGAUCUGGGUAGCAAGAGUGGGAAGAUUACUUGCUCCUUACCAGAAGAUACUGACCUUGUUCAAAAGAAAGCUUUAACAGAUACUAUUCCAGUGAUGAUUGUGAAGAUUCUGGAGGAAGUUCAGUUCAUAGCAAUGCGCUUUAGGAAACAAGAUGAGGGUGAAGAGAUCUGCAGUGAGUGGAAAUUUGCAGCUGCUGUCAUAGACAGAUUAUGCCUGGUUGCAUUCACCCUUUUCGCCAUCAUUUGCACAUUUACAAUACUCAUGUCUGCUCCAAAUUUUAUAGAAGCUGUUUCAAAGGAUUUUGCAUAAGGGUUUAAGAUAAGCAUGACCACUUAGAAGUUGACAUUGCCAGUAAUUUUGCUAGAUGAUAUAACUCAAAUAGAGAAGUGUACUUAUAUGUGCUAACAUACAGAGAAGGGGAUGAAAAUAAUUUCAGGAGGUAAUUAUUCCUGAUGUUAGUGAUUGUAGCUACUGAAAAGUAAACAUAUUGAGCCCUGUUACUUAUUUCGUAGACUAGUGCCACGUGUAAUUAGGUCAUGAUCUGUGACAAGUGAUAGAGAAUUUAAAUCUACAGUAUAGUUAUUACAAGUUAACACUGGUAUUAAUGUACUACUAUGAUUUGUGAAAUUUUAGACAUUGCUAAUAAUUUAAAUUAUCAUUGAUGACUAUAAGCUUUACAGUGUUUUGUUGUUUUCAGUAUAUUUGUGAUUUAUCAUUUUUAACGUGGCUGUGACAUUUACUUCUUGGAUUUGAUAGACAUAUCUCCACAGUCUUAUGACGCUGUAUAUUGAAUUCAUGAAAAUAAACUAUCAUCAUGUUAGC